CACACUUUCUCCCCGCCAACUGCAGGAAUGAGCGAGGUGUCGACGGAGGCCGUAAUGACUGGAGCGGCCAUCGACAGCUACACUGAGGAAGAGUCGAAGGACAAGCUGUCCUCUAUGCCAUCCAGAACUGCGGUGCAAAGCAAGGAGCCCAACGAGGCGGAUCAGGACGACAUUGGCGAGAUCGCGAUCACAGAAGACAUGACUGGCCCGCCGUUGGACAUUGAAACCAUCGAAGCGGGAUUUCAUUUCCAGGACAUUGACUACUUCAUGUACAAGGUCCAGCGAUAUGCGCAAGAGAAGGGGUUUAUCGCGUCCAAAGACGGCAAGUUCUUUUCGUGGCGGAAUCCGCACCCCGUCCACCCUGAAAAUUACAAGUUGCUGCAGCGCACGACCAUCUACUGCAGCAACAAGGACCCGAAUGUUGGCACGAAGCCGCCUCCUAGGUUUGCGAGGGCGUGUCCGUGGAAGAUCCGCAUCUUGUACGACCGCGGCACCCUCGACUACAUGGUCACGGACAUCUCACUCGAACACAACCACGACAUUGGCGACCCGCGAGGAGCCCCCACGUACCCAAAUCACUCCCCGAAUGACAAUGACCCUGUGAUUGACUUGUCCGCAUCCCCAUCUGGCGAAAAACCUCCUGCGUCGGCCCCAUAUUCGCUUCCUCAACCCCCGGGCACGGUGCUCAUGGGAAGGUUCCGACUCGACGCGACGGGGUCCGUGGCAUCUCUCAGUCCCACAGCCCACCAACGUAGGUCGACCAACCAAUCCAAGCGCAAGUACGACAACCCGCCUGGUAUCGCGCCAGCCCCUCAGAGACCGUAUUACGAUCCGAAUCGCGAAACUGCCAAGGGCCAUGCGAUUCCCGCCCAGACCCGACGACCCCCCGCGCCGCGUCCGUCGACGUACGUCGCCCCAUCUUCUUUGGCCCCCCAUCCUGCUUCGCGAAACCACCCUUCGCCUUCAUCGGGACCCCCUCAUCAACACUCGCACCCCCAGAACAUAUAUCCCCCCACAGGAGUUCCCAACUACGGGCCCCCCCGUCGUGGCCCCCCCGGACGUCCCCCGUACGAGAACGAGCAUCAGCCUCGUGGGUAUCCCGCUGAAACCGCCGCCCGCAACCAGCAGCAAGAUUUUUCGCUGCUGUUGGCCCAAGAGAACAUGACCAUCCAACGUCGCGAAGUGGAAAUGAAGUGGGAACUGGAGCGCCAGCAAAUCCAAGACAUGGAAUUGCGGCGGGAAAUGGAAAAGCAGCGGUUCUUUGUCGAGCUGCAGCAACACGAACGCCUCGAAAAAGAGGCCGCGGCCAACCAGCGCAUUCUCGACUCGAAAGCCAAGGAAGCGGAAAUGAUGCUUCGUGUCAACAAGUUAAAGGCGCGACAAGAGCUUGUCAAUGCAGGCGUGCCCAUUGACGAAAUUGACAAGGUCUUGGGGACGGACGCUUAAGUUGUACAGUACCAGUGCGGACGUGUCCAAAUGAUGAAAUUAAUUGGAGUGUGUACGAUAAUCCUGUGUCAGCCAGUAAUAAUAGUUGAGCCAAUAACAAGUUCACUACUCCGUAA